AGAGUGCUAGGGCAGUUUAAUUCUUCAAAUAUACUUUUAUAUUACCUACAUAUGAUAUAACUGACUAUAUAACACCUAUUUACCCUCUUACGACGAUCACCAAGGAUCUCGCCACAAUGAGAACCAUACUCCUCAUGCUAUCAGUACUCUUUGUCAGUACACAGGCUCUCCCAGAGUCUCUAGACUCUUGCGAUUCUUGUCUUCAACGCGGAGCUCUUUGCGUGUCCAUUGCAGGUUCUAUAGGGACCUGCUGUCCAGGGCUGGAAUGCGUUACAGACCCUCAUGUGUCAGAUACGGGGUAUUGCCAAUGAUCUUAGGUUACUCCGGAUAUGUUUCAAUAUCAAGGCAAGAAACGAGUCCUUGGUCUCGAUGGAUUUGGCUCUAGUUGACUGAGAUGGCAAAAGUUCAAGGUCUGGAGUGUAUGUGGCUUAGAAGCCGAACCAGGCAUGUCCUGG